GUUCAUUCUCUGUUGCGACUUUUCCAUUGUUGCCUCCUUCAAUUAGAUAGCACCAGCUUCUACUAUGAAGACCUCUACCUUCCUCUCUCUUGUGGUGCUUGCCCGCCAGGUCACCUCUACCCGCUAUCCGGAACUCCAAUGGGAUCCAGACACCGCCAAGGAUUGCGUUGAAUGGUACAACAAUGGCGACGGCGUAACGUGCGACGCAGUGCGCGACUUGAUCCCUAUCACGCCUGAGCAAUUCCACAAAUGGAACCCUUCCGUUGGACUCGACUGCAAACCAUGGAACUAUCAAUCAUACUGCAUUGCCACCGCGGAGAGACUGAACAAUACGCCGAAGCAAACAACUCCUUCCUCCACAAUCGCGACCACUACAACCAGCGCAUUCACGUUGGGUCCUUCUCCUACUGCUUGGACUGAUAGGGGCUGCUAUGUUGAGGAUACCGAAUUGCCACUUCUUGACCAGAACAUAAGCCCAAUCGGUGGAGUCGCGUUCCUGACGAUUCUGGCAUGUAAGAACAGUUGCUAUCUUCACGCUUACAGCUUUGCGGGUGUGCAGGAAGGAAACCAGUGCUGGUGCGGUAGUUCCAUUCGCGGCGAGUUGGCGAAGAAUCAAACUGACUGCAACAUUCCCUGUAGUGGGAAUGAGGAGAUAUCUUGUGGUGGGAAGGGACUACUCAAUAUCUUCCAGGCCGAGAAGAACGAAACGUCCGCAUCUACUACCACCACUAGCACUAGCACUGGUGUUCAGGUUGCCAGUGCUAGCCUCUCCAAGACAUCUGAAAUUGCCACACUCCGCUGGCGAUAG